AUGCCUCCUAAGAAGCGCCCAGCUAUUGGAGAUGGCGUGCGAACAUGUGGUGUAUACCUGAUCCACGACAACGGUGGCCGGCCCUUCAGGGUCUCAGUGCAGCAUGGUGAAAAGGCCCAGGUGCAAGUCUUCAAGGCGAUCUAUGAUGACGAUGAUGACGAUGAUGACGAUGAGGAGGUGUGGGCAAACUAUGCAGAAGUUGCCUGCGCCUCCUUUGAUGCGGAGAGGGUCUUUGUCGGGGAGAGCCCAAAGCAUGGCGCUGGCUUUGAUGGAAACUCCAUGUUGCUGCACUUGGGGGGCUUGAAGUAUGUCUUUGUUGGAGAGAAAGUGUUCUCCUUUACAGCAAAGUCACCCAUUACCAAGUAUUUAUCCCCGGUUGGCAACAGUGACGUCCCUUACCCUUGGGCCGUGGACGAAGAAGGUUUCCGAUAUUUGAUGAUCUCCUCUGUCAUUCUGAGUGGCAAGCUUUUCGAGAACAGCGACGCAGACCCUUACGAUCUUUUCUUUGAUCGGUCCCUCAUCACUGCAGACCUCUGUCUCCAAAGCCGCCUUUCCACUCAGAGUUCCAAGGCAUCACUCAAUUCUGGAUCGGCGAAAACCAGUACACCUUGA